UGUUUGUAUGGCGAUAAUGGAUCACAGCUAGCUGACAAGCGGUAAUGCGCUUUGCUUAUUGCCGGAGAAACGCCGCCAGAUUUUUAAAUACCACCGGGUAACAUCGAAUCAAAACACCGUGAUAUUUCGCUCCUGUUUUGUGUGAGUCUGGGGUCUAUAAGGGUCUGUAGACAGCUAUGGGUGGGCUGGGAAACGGACGUCGUGGCGGGAGAUCACCCCCUCUAAUGAUUGGUGCCCUGAUUGCCUGUAUCCUGGUUCUUGGAUUUAACUACUGGGUGUCCAGCUCCCGCAAUCUGGAGCUACAGACUAAGCUUUAUGAGUUGGAGGGCCAGGUGAGGCGCGGAGCAGCGGAGCGUGGAGUGGCAGAAAUGAAGAAGACUGAGUUCCAGGAGGAAAUCCAGAGACAGAAGGAGCAGAUUAGUCACAUAGAAAGCCUCUACAAGAGACAGCUGGAAGGAGCCCAGAACACCUGCAGCCAAGAGAAGGGCGUACUGCAGCAGAACAUUUCGUCCAGUACUAAAACCAUCCAGGAACUCAAAGGCAAGUUGAAUCAGCUAAGUGAUGACCUUGGGAAACUUCAGAAAGAGCUGCAGAGUUGCCAAGGCAGCAUCAACACCCUCAACAACAAACUCACUUACGACAUGACACAUUGUCACUCCCAGGUACUGUCUCAGAAGGAGCUGUGUGACGAGAGAGUGGCAGCUGCUAAACUUGAAGUUCAGAAGAAAAUGGAGAAGCUCAUUCUUCCCUCGGCUGUCUCUACACAGGAAAACGCAGUAAAAGAGGAGGGACCAGUAAUGCCUGGACCUGGCACAGUGAAGACAGCAACUGUUGAAAGCCGCACAACAAGCCUCUCUCAGCCCAAAGGAAAUGAACCAUCUGAACUACUGACCAAUGAAAUCAUAGUGGACAAAGGUCUGAAUACCCCGAUGGACCUGGUUCCUGCAAAAGGUCCCCUGCAAAGAGAGUCCCAGUCUGUUCCCUCUACCACUGCAAUCAAACAGGAAGUCCUGCUACCACCAGAGGGUGCUGAUAAAACAGAUAUGGGUGAGACAGAAACCAGUAAACUUUUGACGAAGAAUCUGACUGAGGAUAAAGACACAGAGGUGAUGGAUGCUCAUGAGGAGGCCACUCAGACAGAAGACCCAGGCAUGGAAGGCAUGCUGAUUGGCCAGGGGAAGGCAGAAGAGACUACUACUGGUCAGAAACUGGAGGAGCCAGAAGAUUAUGACGCAGAUGAGCAAGUAGUGGGUGGAGUUGAUUCGGACAAACAGCAAAAGAAUAAACAGGCCGAAAAUAUAGAUAAGGACAUGGAAGAGGAGCUGGCUGACUACAACGGGGAUGAUGAGAACGAAGGCGAGUUUGAAGCAGACAAACAAGCCGAGCUUGCUCAAAUUUAAGUGCUGAAGUUGAAGAAGGAUCCUGCAUUGCACAUUAGGAAGUAGGACCUGUUUUACACUUCAACACAACAACGUACAAGUUUAAAACAGCCCUCCAAGCUCAUUGAGCACUGUAUUCUCUGUCAAACUGUAUUCUCUGUAUGGAAGAGCUGGGGUUUAUUUCAGUUGUUCCCUGGGAUAUCUUUCAGUUUUCAUGCAUUUGAUUUUAUUACAUGAAAUCAGAUAUUUUGCAAGUAGGGAUGUUUUCUGUGCUGGAGAAAGAAUAUUUACAAUUCCAUAUCAAAUUUACACUAUUCUGUGAGAACCACAAAACUCGAAAUGAACAAAUAUCUGCCAAGCAUGUACACACAUUUUUUCCCAUUAUUCUAAUCACAGUGCUCAAAUUAAUUUGAUAUGAUUAAUAGGUGAUAAUGAAAAUGCUUGCUACUUCUACGUGCUUUAAUUUCACCUUCUUAAAUGUUUGUACUCUUUGGGAAUGCCAAACACGACUUAAGACAUCUGUUAACCUGUUGGAUUGAAAAUGUAAUAUCUCAACAUGACUGGAAAUCUGUAGUUUUUAUGUUAUUUGUUGUGUUGUAGUUGUUCACUCCACAAUGACUGUAAUUUAAAUGUAAUCUAAGGGACCCUUAAAGGGGUAUGAAAGUGAGACAUCUGAGUGUUCAUGAGGGCUCUGCAGCUCAUGUCUCUUCUCUCUCUGACGUUCAACAGCAUCUUAAACACAGCCUUAAGUUAUUCCUGGACAGAGUCUCAUAGAAAGGAUGCUGAUUGUGGAUCUGUGGCCAGAACCCUCUAGUCUAUAAAAAGUGUUUUGCAUAACGCAACAAAUGAAGGAAAUAUGCCUAAAUGCUCGUUAGACUCCAGAGUCCAGUUGUGCAAUUUUAUUGCUGAACCCACUUAAAUGGAAAAUGACAACUUCUUUUUAUUCCCGUGCUGCCAAAAAACAAAAAAGCUGUAAUAAGUAAGGCAGCCUGUGAGAAUUGCUGUGACAUUAUGAAAGACAUUUCCUUGAAGCAGUUACAAUCCAGUAGAUGUGAAAUAUUCAGUAGCUGUGCAAAACUCUUAAACUCUCCAUUCAAAUUAAAACCGCACUAGACUGUAAACUGUGUGGCUGAGCUCAAAUGUAAACUAACAUUAGGCAUCAGACAAAAUAAUCAAAGUUUAAUUUUGUGGUAGGAUAUUUUGUUGCCUUGUAUUUUUAUACUGUCUGUACAGGACAGAUGAUUUAUAUUAUUUUCCAGGUACACUGCUUUAUUUAGAAGUCGUAAGUUUGACUUAAUAAUCCCCCACUUACUCACUACGUUGUAAUGUCCAUGAUUUCCAUAACGCUUUGGCUUCAUAUCAGCAGUCCAAGAUUACAGUUAGGUUGUGGAGUUAUCUAUGUGGAGUGCUGUUAUGACUAACUGCAAGAAUUAAAUACAGCACGUUAAAAACCCAAGGGGUAUAUUUGCAUGUUAUAUGCAGUUCAGCUAUUGGCUGUCACAUAGAUAGUGUGCAGGAGAACACUAAAAUGUGAUUAUCUCCUGUUCAUUGCAUUUCCCACUUCCCCAUUUCAACCCCAAAGCUGAAAGUCAGUUUCAGCUUUAUAUCCAUCAUAAAAUCCCACAUGACCUGUUUUAUAUUUUAGUCUGUCUCCUGAGGUUUCUCAACAAAUGCUGCAUUUUAGCAGAAGGUGUCUAAAAUUUAAAAAAAAUAAAAUGCUGAAGACAUGUAGAAAUGUUCUUUUCAUGUAAAUAUGCAGCCAUAAAACAUCUUGAGUUUGGAAAUACAAUAUAAUAAUAACAGUAACCUCAGUGAUGCUGCAGAACAUAUAAUUCAAUUAUGUAUUUUCUUUAAAUUUACAGAAUCAAUAGGAACAUUAUAGGCAUCACACUGUACAGGUGUCAUCAAAACGUGAUCAUGCUUUUUUUGAAAACAUUGUUUACAACUUGAAUUUUCCAUCGAAAUGUUAAACAAGAUGCUUUACUGUAGUAAUUAUUUUAUAUUAUUUUCCUUGUAAGACCAACAUAUUGUUUUAUGUCUCAGAGAGUCUGAGAACUUGACUGGGAGUUUAAAAUCAGCUUUGUGGGUUUACAAAAUGCUUUGGCUUUGUUAAAAUGGAGUUUGUGAGUUAUUGGGAACAUCACUUUUCAUUGGAGCAACACAAAAAUAGCGAUUUAUGAUUUAAAAUGUUUUCCAGAGAUAUCAAGCAAAAUUUCAGUGAUCAUUUUCCAUCCUAGGCAGCUGAAAUCUUAACUUAUUUUUUUGAGCCUGAUCAUCAUGUUACAUUAGCAGACAGUUACAGAACGGGUAAACCCUUUGAGAUAGGCAAGAUUAUCUUAUUCUUGAUGUGCCCCGACAGCUCAGAGAGUCAGUGUGUUCAAACAGUGAUGAACACGGCACUCUUUGUCUGCCUUUUUUGUUCAUUAUUGGUAGAUCGUGCAGGAGGUAUCCUGAGAUGUUUGAGGUCAUUUUGUUUUCAGAGUUGCUGUGAGUUAUUGUGGGUUGAUUUGACACCAUAAAGCAGCCUCUGCUCUGUUUUGUCAGAAAAGCUUUUGUCUGUCUAAUUGUGUAAAAAGUCCCAUUUUCUGAAGUCUGUGUACCUGGAGAGAAAAAAUGUUUUAUGAUUUUAUAAAUAGGAUGAACAUUUUUGUUGUUGAUUUUUAUUUUAUUUCAUUCUGAACUGCUGAACAAAUUUGUGAAAGAUUUAAAUAAUUAUAGGCUUUAUUGGUGAUA